AUGAAUCCCUUCCCUCCGCCAGCUCCCACUGCAUCUGCCAUGGGCGGUGCCAAUGCAGGCAUCAGUCGCUUCUCGCCAUCCAUGAUGGCGGCCUCUGUGACACCAGGAUACUCUCCCGCGCAUAUGCCUUCUCCAAUGGGUGCUGCGGCUGCUAUGCAUAAUCCCAACCUAUCCUUCCAUAUGCCAAGACAGUCCAUGUCCAUGUCCAAUUCUCCAAUGGAACACAGCGAGUGGGCGCCAUACUCUAUGUUUACCCCACCCCCGCCACAAUCACAGCCUACCCCACCCGUAUUAAACAGUUCCGGUGCUUGGAGCCCGAUGAGAGGUGGUUCUCCAAUAGUACAAGGAUUAUAUAGCCAUUCGCCGGGUUAUAGCCAAUCACCCAAUAUGGGUAUGUACGGACCUGGAUACCCCAUGGAGGCAAAUAACGACUAUAUAUAUCCUGAAGCAGAGGCAAAUCAACGGAUAAACCACCACAAUCAUCACCACUCAAUUGUCGGUAUGGAGAGAUAUCACCAGCAACAGAUACGCCGUGGGUCCCCUCUGGCUCAAGUCGGACAUCCAGUGCCAGAGGAGGAGGAUAACGAGGUUGCCAUUCUUGACGGCCCUAUGAUUGAUGCACCCGUGCCGAAACACCGACAUCAGCUCAGCAUUAGUCUCCAGAAAGAGCUUGAGGGGGUCGAGAGUUAUCAGAGACAAAAUGGACACCAACAUCGUCAUCGGCAUCAAGGCGAAGCUGAGCCAAACCUAGAAGGAUUCAACACAAACCCUGUGUCACCGGUUCCGACCGUGACAUACCCUGAGCAGCCAGAAAUUCCACAUGUCGAACACGAUGUGCAUAAUGGACCAGAGUUACGGUCAAAUCCCGACGAUGAUGUUUCAGAUGAGGAGUCUGAGAAGGUGCAGAAUAAGAGGGCUGCGCUGGCACGGGACAGGGAGAUUCAGGCAGGCGUUAAACGAUACACCUAUGAUGACAAUGCUGCGCCGUUACCGAUGCUAGAAGCCCAAGUUUCCGAUUCCCAGAACUUCAACCCUCAGGAAUACCCUCCACCACAUAGCAGGGGUAAUUCGUUGAACCAAAUACAGCACGACUAUGACAUGAAUAAUCCUCGACAGAGCUCUGCCUUGGCAAUGUUAAUGUCCGGGGCCGGAAUAGGUCCUGGGCCCGGUCGAAGCGGAUCUGGCAUGUUCCCGUCGUAUCCUAGUGGUGACGAAUUGAGUGAGGACGAGCGGACAAACCUUUCUGACGCGCUCACAAAUCCAAGCGUACCUACAAGUCCUGUCAGAAAGUUUUCCAACCCAGCAACUACAGCUCCGCGCACCGACGCGCAUACACAUCAAAUGUCCAGCAAUAGCAAUGCAUGGAUGUCUGAUAGCGCGAGACCCUCAGGAUCUGUUACUUCAUCAACGACAAGAUUCAAUGCUGAAGCUAAAGAAUUUGAAUUCAAGCCAGGAGCCACCUUCAGCUUUUCUCCUAAUACCCACUCUCGGAAUCAUUCUGGAAACCAGAGCACUAGUGCUUUUGGUGGGUUUGCUAGUUUUGGAACGAGUAACUUCAAUGCUGCCGCCACCACUUUCCGCCCUAGUUUCCUGACUGGCUCUCAUUCCGGCUUGUAUGAGAAAGGAGCAGUUGCCUUUAGUCCCAAUGCACCACCAUUUAUGCCGAGCUCUCUUGCUAAAUCAGUACCCGCUUCUCAACAUUCAAGCACUCCUUCCGCUCUGCCGCCAAUCUUUUCUCCCGUCACAGAGGAUGCCACAGCGGUUAAGAAGACACCUUCGGUUGUCCGGCCGCCUAGCAGACUGAAUGUGCACCAAGUGGCUGAGGCGGCAGCGGAAGAGGCAAAUGGAGACAGGAGAGAUAUGCCCACGGGUGAUGAAGGUGGACGAAAGAGAGCUAAGCAUGGCCCGGCAUUGAGCGUUGUGAAGGAUACUGAAGUGCCAUCUUUGGAAAGCCUCACACUCACAACGGAUGCUGUUGCUGAGCUUGGUGCUGCCUUAGGUGCUACUACUGUGGUCGAGAGUGAAGGUGAAACCGAAGGAGAGAAAUUGAUCAAGGAGGUUCCUAUAGUCUCUGUUGACAAUGGAACUAGCUCGGAGGAUUCUAGCUUCCAACCCUUUGAGUUCAAGAACAGGGAGGACGCAGCAGAAUUUGCAAUUGCAGACUCUAGAUGGGAUGGGCCUUCUAGACGUGAAUCACGCCUUGAUAUACUCACAGCCGGAGACCAAUUGUCAAUUGAAGAGGCUCAGUUUAUUGCUGCCGACACGCCGCAGGAUACCCUAUCGGAACGCAACCCCACACCUCCGAUCCUGCAAGUUGCUCCCCCUACGAACAAGUUUAACCCCGAUGCACCGUCGUUCUCGCUCAAACCCACAGCGCAGGAGUUUAAUUUUGAAUUUACAUCGGGCCCGAAGCCGCCAUCACCCUUGUCUAAGAAGUUUAGCGGGCUGGGCGAAUCUCGCUAUGCUCACACGCCGUCACCGCCUCCGUCUGAUCCACCUCCGCCCCCACCUGUCACGCAUAACAUGCCCGCAUUUACUCCUCCGAUCGACGGUUCUUACCACCCAAGCUCGGAUCCCUACAAGAUCAAUGCGUUUGGCGAACCCAUUGCCAGGCCAAGGCCCACAGACGCUGAGUUGGAUGAAGUUAUCCGGCAUCUAACGACGGUCUCUGAUCCUACGUAUGCCAAUCAAGAUACCCGGGAACCGGUUACCGGCGAUGGUGAUACUACUCCGGAGGAAUCAGAACAUAGAACCUUGUCUCCAUGGAAGCGUGGGAGCCCGAAGAGGAUGGGUAUUCCCGUUUUUGAUGAACAGACGCCCCAGCAUGUAUUCAACUAUUUGGACCGUAGCGCCGGUCCGAGCCCUAGCCCGAGGCGUGCCGCUGCGGUGCCAUCUUACAUUCCCCAUCGCGCUUCAUCUUUCUCUCCCGAUGAAGAAACUUAUGGGCGUGCUCAUGCCGCUGGCGAGUCUAGCUAUCAACCUCCCUCGCAAGCAACUGGCAUUCCUAAGGAAGCUGACAGUGAUUGGGACGACAUGAUAUCUGCUAGCGAGGACGCCAAACUACGCCCCCAAAGCCGACUUUUCUUUGAUGCACACGUUGAGGAACUUGUUGGUGGACUUUUGCGUGCUAGCCUCGAACCUAUGAACAAGAGUAUCUCAUCGAUCCAUGACGUACUGAAGAUCUAUUCUGCUUUGUAUCCUGGCAGGGGGGGGGCUGCUAUAUCUACAGCAGCCCACAGCGAUGCUGAUGACGAGGACGAUGAUGACGGCUUUCAACCACCGAGAUCUCCUAAAAAGGAUCGAAAGGGUGAGAUUCGGUCUGCUGUUGUCGAGGCUCUUACAAUGCACAACUGGAGCGCUUCUACGGAAGACAAACUUUCCGAGAUCUAUGGGGCGAUUGCAAAGAUUAGCCGUGCCUUCCAGGAUAACAAUCUGAACGAUGACUUGGCGGAGACCCGGGCGAGUAUCUUGGAAGCUCUUUUGAAGACAGCCCAAUCUGAGGAAGUUGCGGCAAUGAAGGAUGCUAUCGCCACAUCGGCAAGGACUACGACGAAGGCUGUUGUCGAAAUGGCGGAGUUCAAGGCGACAUUUAUCAACUCCUUCAGCCGGCUUGCUCAAGUGGACGAUGUCAAUGGAGUACGGGAUUCUCUCGAGGAGAUGAUGGCAGAUGCCCUCUCACCAAGUGAUCUAGUCGAUAUCAAGUUGGGAUUGCAGGAUAUUCUUGCCAAGAUGACAGCGCAGAGGGGUGACGUUGGCGAGUUAAGCGGUGUGGUUGCGCGGAGAGAGGAUUUAGAGCAUUUCCAGAACAUCGCUAUUGAUGUCUUCUCAAAGGUUGUCAAGAGCAAUGACCUGCUGGAAGUGAAGGUUCUUUUGGGUGACAUUCGGGACGCGAUCGUUGGCAUGAACUUUGCUUCUGAGGUUCAGAAACUUUGUCUUGACAAUACUGCCCUGAGAUCAAUGCUCGGGGAUGUGAUGAAGAUGACCCAGGAUAAUGCGGAGAACAUCGAUUUCCAUCAAGAGUCACAAGAAUCUGUUAUCAAGGACAACUAUGGAGCGCUACGGGAGAAGUUUGAUACCGUCCAUGAGUCCAUCUCUAGUAUCGCCAAACUAAUCGAGGAACGCUCUCUUACGAGCGGAGUACGACAACCUGUACCCCUACCGGACGCCGAUCUCGCAUACCUCAAAUCAGUCGUUGAGAAGAUUGAUAGAGGUGUUCAACUCGGUUCGGAGAGGCAGCUUGGAUUGGAUGACUUCCGGCAGGUUAUUGAGAAGAUAUCUGUUUCACAACCAGGGCUCGAACAGAUCAAGGAAGUGGUUUCCGAUGCUGUCGCCGAGGUUUCAGAAUUAGGCGACAUUAGGUCCAUGGUAGAGGAAGUCUUUGAAACUCAGCCUAAGAUAGAGGAUCUCAGACAAAUGAUGGAGGAGUUGUUCAUGAAACAUAAGACGGAGGAAGUCGCGAAGAAGGUUUCGGAUGUUAAUGUGGAAGAGAUGCAGUGGAAUAUGACUAGGCUGGAGAGAAUGCUUGAAGAAACACAAAAGCGAGCGGACGAGGAGGCUCAGCUUAGAAGGGACUCCCGAGAAAAGGCCAUUGAGCUAGAGGCUAGACUUAGGAUCGCGGAGGAGGAGUGCGUCAAGCAGAGAGAGUUGGUGGAGGAAAAAGAUCGCCGAUUGAAGGCGAUCGAUGAAAAGCGCCAUCAGACUCUAACCCAGACCCAGAUGCGAAGCGCACUUUUGGAGGGCGCUCAUUCCUCGCUCCAGAAGUCGGUCAUUGACCUCUCAGCCAAGAACACCAGCCUUGAAGUCGGCUUGAAGGAAGCACAGCAGGCUGGCGAACGCCUCCGGGAGGACAACAGCAGCUACGAGGAGGAGAACAGGGAGUUAAGGAGGGUCAUCGACACUAUGCGAACUGAAAUGGAGGAAAGUAUCCGAGUCCGAGAGAAAAACCGCGGGAAAUUUGACAAAUUGCAGGAGGACAUGACUACCGCGGCAGAAGAAAUCGGGAAGGAGCAAGGCAAAUGGCAGAAGACCUCCGAGGAACAGAAGGCCAGGAUCGAGGUUCUCGAAGCUAGGUUGGAAUCGGAGCUGACGGCAAAGGAGGGUUUGGAGAGUGAGAUCAGGAGGUUGGAGCUUGAGCAGAAGGAGGCGAUUAAGAUGAAGGUUGAAUUAGAGCAGGUGAAGAAGGCUAGUGGAAAGAUGGAAGGGAUCGUGGAGACUUUGAAGAAGGAGGCAAGCGAACGAGAGCAGAAGAUUGAAGAGAUGGAGAACAUCAUUCAAAAGGACAAGUCUAGCAUUGCUCUACAAGAUGCCGAGAAAGUUAAGUCAACCGCCCUCCUAGAGCAGCAGCGCGAGUAUGAACAACAGCUGGUCAUCAUCAAUUCAAAACAUGAGGACGAGAGCCAUCAGAUCAGGAGAGCAUUGGGCAACGCCAACGAGGAUAUUCAACGUAACAAAGAUUUUAUGAACGCGCGCCUUCAGAUUGCUUCAUCUGAAUCUGAGAUCCUCCGCGAGCACAUUUCCCAUCUUAAGGAACAAGUCAAGGUUGCUACAUCGGCCGCUCAAGCCGCCGCCCAGGCUGCUACAUCUGCCAAAUUACUCGCUACGCCAGUCACUCACAAAGCAUCUGAGGAGAGGGCGCUUCGAGAGUCAGUCGAAGUCCUUCAGAACCAGCUUCAGCAACGCGAGUCCCGGAUCGAGGCAUUGGAGCAAGAGCUUUUGAAAUUUGAUAAAGCUGACAUCAAGCGAAAGGAUGAGCAAAUUACCUGGUUGCGGGAACUUCUCGAAGUACGCAUCGACGAGUUGGAGGAAAUCGUCCACGCGCUUAGCCUACCAAACUUCGAACGCGAGCGCGAUAGCAUCCGCGAUACUGCCCUCCGCCUGAAGACCAAUCUGCAGAUGGGACAGCAAGAAAAGGAACGUGCCGAACACAAGGAAGCAAGUCCUGCCCCCAGCGCCCUCGCCGCGAGAUUCCCCUCUGUCGCUACAAAUGCGUGGGCUAGCUGGAGGGGCAAAGGGGCUAGAACACCCUCGCAAACACCCUCGCAAUCUAGUUCCACACCCUCCCGCCCGACUUCUGCUGCUGGCUUCCUCGGCAUUCUUACCCCCCCCAGCGCCUCGGCGGCGCUCGGCGGCGCCCGGGGACUCGGUUCGAGGAUUACAAGAGGUCCUUACACUUCAGACAUUUCCCACCAGUCACUACCCACCCACUCCCUCCGCCAACGUGAGAAACAGCCUGCCGGUCGACGUCUCCCCCCACAGUUAUUCCACAAGACGUCCUACGAUGAUGACGCAGAUAGCAGCGCCACCCUAAGCCCUAGCAGAGCACCACUAGUGGAAGAAACGGACGAUGACGAUGCUACAGAGCGUGGAGAUGAUAGAGACUCGGAUUUAGGAGGGUAUUAUAAUAGGCAAUGAGUUGCUAUGAAUUUGAAAAUUCAAUUUUUUUUUACUUAUUUCUUUGAUGUGGGAGGUUGAUUGAUUCAUAUAGCGUAGUCUUCGGUU